AUUUUCGAUUCCGUUUCCUGUACUCUAGAAUCCAAAUAAACUUAAAAUUUCUAGAAACCUUCUGGUGCAAUUUUUAUAAACAAGUACUGCUAAUGUUUUAACUAAAAUAAGGAUAUAACUCAUAGGUAAGGAUUGUGAGGAUUCUGUGACAGAACGAUUUAAGUAUUUUUUCAACCACUAUUCAGAAAAAUCAUGAAUGAAGAUCAUGACUAUGCUCAAGACUCUUCAUCAAAUCAGGAUUUGAUAAAGAAAAUGAUGGAAGAACGCUUAAAACCAAGAAUAUGUCUAAAACGGCUUCAUGUUACCAAACCCUAUAAAUUUAAAACGGAGCCUGCAGUCGGUUCACUCUUUAACAAGCCAGAUUUUAGUGACCUCGUUGUUCUGUCUGCUAAUCAAUCGUUUUAUGUCCAUAAACUGAUAUUGGCUGCCAACAGUGAAGUAUUUCGACACCUUCUAUGUGGUCAAUGGGCUGAAAGGAGUCAAAAAGAACUAAGAUUGCAAGAGCAUGAGGUAUGCCAACCUCAUGUUGGCAACUUCCUAGAGUUUUUCUAUACAGGAAGUGUGUGGCUGAGCUCGAAAACUACUUUGGCUCUAUUUGUUUUAUCCGACAAGUACGACGUUUCAUCCCUUCGGGAAGGUUGCGUCAGAUUUUUAUUGGACGCCCUAAGAGUAAUGACUAGUGAUGGUCAACAGCUACCUAUUGAAACUUUAGAUGUUGAUACUCUCUAUCAUCUGUUAACAACCUGGUCGGCGUGCUGCCCUGAAAUUACCUCAGCUGCUAAGUACAAUUUAGCUUGUCGCUUGUCGCAUGCCCAUAGAUCAUCAAAUGAUCCAUUUAUCUCUUCUCUACCAAUGGAAGUCCUAAUACAAUUAGUUCAUUACGAUAAUUUACCUUCCAUUGACGAAUUCAAACUGUGGCAGACUAUUGUUAAACUGAUUCAAUCAAGACAACUUGAUAAUGACGUUGAAAGUGAACUACUGUCUGGAAUACGAUACGGUCUACUAAGUUCCGAUCAAUUGUACGACGUGGAACAGCAUCCUUUGACCCGAACGCAUUCAGUCAUCGGUCAAAUGGUCUACUGUGCUGUCGUAAAAUUGGCUUUUGGUUCUAAACAUCCAGAUGAUCCUAGAUUUACUGGAAGUUUAUUUAUGCCUCGUUCACCGUUGCAUAUGUAA